AUGUCACAAUCUGAAAUCAAAGCAAUUUUCGAACUUCAAAAUGGACCAAAAUUCGAGGGCAUCUCAUUCGGUUCACCAGUUUCUACUUCAGGAGAGGCUGUUUUCACUACAUCACUUGUUGGUUAUCCAGAAUCUAUGACUGAUCCGUCAUAUCGUGGUCAGAUAUUGGCCUUCACCCAACCAUUGAUCGGUAAUUAUGGUGUUCCUUCUUCUGAGGAACGCGACGAAUUCAAUCUGUUGAAAUACUUUGAAUCUCCACAUAUCCAUGUGAAAGCCAUAAUCGUCGCUGAAUACGCUUAUAAAUAUUCUCACUGGACGGCUAUCGAAUCUUUAGAAGAAUGGUGCAAAAGAGAAGGUGUUGUCGCCGUCACAGGAGUCGACACUAGAGCUGUUGUACAGUAUUUGAGAGAACAAGGAUCAUCUUUGGGUAGAAUUACUAUUGAAAAUACAGAGCCUGUGGAGUUUUUCGAAACUUCCUCUACUCAUCUCGUCAAAGAGGUUAGUACCAAGAAACCAUUCCAUGUACCAGCAUUGAACCCGGUGGCUAAUGUCGCAGUAAUUGACUGUGGUGUGAAAGAAAAUAUUAUUAGAUGUCUGGUUUCAAGAGGUGCAAAUGUCACCGUGUUUCCUUUCAACACUAAAAUUCAAGAUAUUGCGGCUAGAUUUGACGGUGUCUUCUUAUCUAAUGGACCUGGCAACCCACAAAUGUGCAAAGAAACUAUUGAUAAUCUUUCCCAACUUUUAGCAAACGGCGCAUUCGCUCGUCUUCCAAUAUUUGGUAUUUGCCUUGGACACCAACUUCUCGCUUUAGCAUCUGGAGGAAAAACUGUGAAGAUGAAAUACGGGAACAGAGCUCACAACAUUCCAACUAAAAAUUUGGUUACUGGAGAAUGCCACAUCACUUCUCAAAACCAUGGUUAUGCUGUAGACCCUGAAAGUUUAUCAAGUGACGAAUGGAAACCAUACUUCAUUAAUUUGAAUGACAACUCAAACGAAGGCAUGAUCCAUUUGAAAAAACCAAUUUUCUCUACUCAAUUUCAUCCUGAAGCAAAGGGAGGUCCAUUAGAUACAGAGCCUCUUUUCGAUAGAUUUUUUAAGGAUAUCGAAGAGUACAAGUUAUAUCGUUUGAAUAACGAACCACAUUUACCUAAAACUGAAAUUGUCAACCAAAAAAAUCUUAAUGCGAUCAUACACGCCAAGGAAAGAGUAUUAUUUUAA